ACCUCUGUGCAAUUACACACAGGUGACAGACGAAGAAGCUUAUUAUAUUCAACCUGUUGUAGUCCGGGUCAUAGCAAGCCUUUGCUUUCCUCUGUAUCUUCUUGCAGACUGUUUUUCAGCCUCCUACUCUACCUUGCAGCCCAAAGAUCACCUGGUGAUCCCCCAUCCGGUGCAAGCCACAUCCCAUCCUGCUUUGCCUGUUGCAGUCAGCCAACACCACCCAGGGGCCGCCUCCUUCUCCACGUGAGGCGGGUUGGCUGUCCUCCUUUCUGCCUGCCCCACAAAUGGAGGGGCGCUGCAGGGACGUCCCGGCUUGCCAAGGAGAGAUCAGCUCCAUUUCCCACACUCUCCAUCUGCAGAGCAUCAGGGACGCUUCCUGUUUGCAGCCAGGCAGAUCAGCAGAGUGUGUGUGCUUCAUUGAGUUGCAUUGGAGGAGGGCGGCCUUUGGAGCUGAGGCCAUCCAGAUGAGCCCCAUCCAGGCAGAGCAUCUGUAAUGGGGGACUGGCUGGGCGGCAAAGGGAGCGCCAGCUGUUUUGGAGGAUGAUGGCUUACCGUUACUCCCUGCUGAUACUGUGGCUGCAGCUGGAUCGGGCCCUGUUGCUCAGCUCCAACGACCCCAAUGUCUGCAGCUACUGGGAAAGUUUCACCACCGUGUCCAAGGAGUCCUUCGUGCAGCCCUUCAUCCAGGAGUCCAAGGAGCCCUGCAAGAGCCCGGCGUGGCUACGGGCAAAGACCUGUCCUCAGCACAGAGUCCUGUACAAGACAGCCUACCGGCAAGGCGUCAAAGUAGACUACCGGAGACGCCAUCACUGCUGCGAGGGCUUCUACGAGAGCAACGACAUCUGUGUCCCUCGGUGUGCCCAAGAGUGCGUGCACGGCCGGUGUGUGGCUCCAGACCAGUGCCAGUGUGAGCAAGGCUGGAGGGGCACAGACUGCUCCAGUGAGUGCAGUGACCGAUCCUGGGGGCCCAACUGCCAAAGCCUCUGCACGUGCUCGAACGGAGGCAGCUGUGACCCCCUGACUGGGGCCUGCGCUUGUCCCCCUGGCUACCGUGGGCAGGAGUGCCAAGAGCCCUGUGCCACAGGGACCUACGGCCAAGGAUGCCAGCUGGACUGCCACUGCCAGAACGGAGCAGGCUGUAGCCACGUGACUGGCGCCUGUCUCUGCUCUCCCGGCUAUGCAGGGCCACACUGCGAGACCCCCUGCUCCAACAGCACCCAUGGGUUCCAGUGUCCAGCCUACUGCCCCUGCCAGAACGGGGGCGUCUGCCAUCCCCCCUUCUCCAGCAAAUGUGCCUGCCCUCCUGGAUGGACGGGUGAUAUUUGCUCCUUCCGGUGCCCCAUUGGGCGCUUUGGCUCCAGCUGCCUGGAAGAGUGCCGCUGCCACAACGGAGGCCAGUGCGAUCCUGAUUCAGGCCAGUGCAAGUGUGCCCUGGGCUACCUGGGAGAGGAAUGCCGUGAAAAGUGUCCCAUCGGCAAAUAUGGGCAGGACUGCCACGAGACCUGUGACUGCACCAACGGGGGCCACUGCUUUCACAUCAGCGGGGGCUGCUUGUGCGAAGCCGGAUUCUACGGCAGUCGCUGUGAGGAGCGCAAAUGUCUUCCUGGGCUGUACGGCCUCAGCUGUCAGUUUCCUUGUCUCUGCGAUCCUCAGCACACACAGAGCUGCCACCCGAUCUCUGGAGAAUGCUCCUGCAAGGCAGGAUGGGCCGGCCUCUACUGCAACGAGACGUGUCCUCGUGGAUCCCACGGCCUCAGGUGCCAGGAUCCCUGCCUGUGCCUGAAUGGGGGCACUUGUGAUGGCGAGACGGGGCACUGCAGCUGCCCACCUGGCUAUACAGACAAGCACUGCUCCAGCCCCUGCCCGGAUGACACUUUUGGGGUGAACUGCUCUCAGGAGUGCAGCUGCCAAAACGCCUUGGGCUGUUCUCCAGUGGACGGGACCUGUUUCUGCAAGGAAGGCUGGCAGGGAGCAGACUGUUCCGUCGCCUGCUCUGCAGGCACCUGGGGUGCCGGUUGCAACCAAACCUGCCUCUGUGCCAACGGAGCGACCUGUGAUGCCACUGACGGAGGAUGCACCUGCGUGGCUGGGUGGCAAGGCAGCCACUGCAGGCAGCCAUGCCCGGAUUGGUUCUACGGCCUUGGCUGCACUCGGAAUUGUUUCUGUGAAAAUGCUGCUGGCUGUGAGCCUGUCUCCGGACGAUGCCGCUGCCUGCCUGGAUGGAAAGGGCCUCGUUGUAGCCAGCCAUGUGCGGAGGGCCUGUGGGGGGAGCAGUGCCGCCAGCUGUGCUCCUGCAAGAAUGGGGCCAGCUGUUCCCCCAAGGAUGGCAUCUGCGAAUGCACACCUGGCUUCCGGGGGCCCAACUGCCAACGGUCCUGCCAAUCGGGCCGUUAUGGCAAGAAGUGCUCUGUGCCCUGCAAGUGUGCCAAUCAUUCCAUCUGCCACCCUGUGGACGGCUCUUGUGACUGCCCGCCUGGCUGGACGGGCAGCGAUUGCGCAAGACGGUGCACGUCCGGCUUCUUCGGCAACAACUGCACCUCCCGAUGCCAAUGCCAGCACGGGGCCUUCUGUGACCCAGGCACAGGGUCCUGCUCGUGCCCCUUGGGCUACACCGGUGCCCACUGUGAGACCAGCCACCCCGAUCACCCCCUCACCAUGGUUCCCGCCUCGCCAGCCACCAACCACUCUUUGGGGGCCCUGAUUGGCCUCCUCAUCCUGGCCGCUUUGCUGGCGACGGUUCUGGUGCUUUUCUUCUGCUACCAGCGGUGUCAGGAGAAGGAGAAGCGGCACGUCUCCGUGGCCUACACCACAGGGAGGACGGACAGCUCGGAAUACGUCGUCCCUGAUGUGUCGCUCAAUCACACCCAUUAUUAUUCAAACCCCAGCUACCACACCCUCUCGCCCUGCUCCCCCAGCUUCGCCAUCCCAAGCAGCUCCGAUCUGCCUGGCAAGAAUCUGGAGCGGGACUGGCCAGGACUGCAGGGGGCCGACUGCAAUGCCACCCUGCCCAGCGACUGGAGGCACCGCCGGGGGAGCCCAGCCCAUGGGGGAGGCUACUUAGACCGCAGCUGCAGCUACACGGACGGCCUGGGAAAAUAUCGCUGCCAAGUGCAUGCCAAGGAGGCGCCCUGGGGCCGCAGCGACAGCUCCCUCAGCAGCGAGAACCCCUAUGCCACCAUCAAGGACUGUCCCGGCCCUGCGGGGAAGGCGCCCGAGGGCAGCUACAUGGAGAUGAAGUCCCCCCCCUCCUCCAAGCGGGAGAAAUCCUACGCGGAGAUCAGCCUCUUCGAGGACCCCUCCUGCAGCUCUGAGACCAAGGAAGAGGAAGGUGCAGCCGCAGCAGAAGGCGUCCUACAGGCGACUGCAGCCGUGCCCCCCAGCCACUACGAUUCUCCCAAGAACAGCCACAUCCCCAGCCACUAUGACGUGCCCCCCAUCCGGCACUACCCGCCAUCCCCUCCACUCCGAAGACAAGCCCGGUGAGGCUUCUGCCUGCUCGUCGCUGCCUCUCCCAGACACGCCUCGUGGGAAGGACUGAGGGCCAGGAUGACCGGCCAUUGGAGGCUCCGGCCCUUUUGGCCAAGAUGAAUAAUGGAAUGGGGGGGGGAGCCUUCCUGGAGGGAGACAGUGGACGAGACCUGGGCAGAUAUCAGGUGUUAGGGGGGCUUCAAAGAGGGGGGCUCUGGGCCUCCGUCCUCCCCCUCCACUUGGCGCCCAGAGGAAGCAUUUGUCCCUCCAGGAAAAGCUACCAGCUGGCAGAGUGGGGAAUUAGGGUGGGGUAUCGCAGGAAGACCUCCCCCCCAGUGAGAGACCUGCAGCUUCCUUCUGGAAAAGGAGAGGGGCCGGAUCUGGUUGGGAACUUUCCUCCGAGACCCUUCCAGCCAUUUGCAUUCAGUAAAGGGGACCCAGAGAUGUGACUGGGCUGCCCCCCACCACCCCUCAGCCUGGGGGCAGAGUUAAGCCGGGAGGGGUCCCUGCCACUUGGCUGGCCACAGAGAGCAUCUGGAGGAGGGAAGUUACCAUGGAGGCUCCUGCUCUUUGGGGUCCCUUGAACAGCUGAAUAAAAACUUUGGGGUGCCGGUA